CCUCUUUUUUUUAUUUUACAGCUGUAGUGAACGUUUACUGAUAAGAUAGGAAAGCAAGAGUUAUCUGCCCUAAAUUUGGGCUUGUGAUAUCCGUUUAAUGUUUAGUCGCAUAAUGGCCGAGGUGGACGUCAAACUGGGUAUUCGGACAACGCUGGCCAGAAUCGAAGAAGCUCACGCAAAACGAGUUCAGACCAUCAAAGCUCCGAAACCCCUACUGGUUGCAGUAAGCAAAACUAAACCCGUUGAGCUGAUACUGGAUGGCUACUCCGUGGGACAGCGCGAUUUCGGCGAAAACUAUGUCCAGGAACUGAUCGAAAAGGCGAACAGUGCGAAAAUUCUCGAACAAUGCCAAGACAUCCGGUGGCACUUUAUUGGCCAUUUGCAAACCAACAAAAUUAAUAAGAUUGUAAACCUUCCAAAUUUGUACAUGAUCGAAACCGUACACAAUGCUAAAUUGGCCGAAAAUCUAAAUAAAGCGUGGGAGAAAGUGAAAACCGAUAACCCGAACAAACAGAAACUCAACGUGUUGAUUCAGAUCAACACCAGCGGAGAAGAUGAGAAAAACGGUACCGAACCGGCGGAGGCGACUAACUUAUACCGUUUCGUAACAGAAAAGUGUCCCAACCUAAACUGUCACGGAAUUAUGACAAUCGGGCGCUUCGGGCACGAUUAUUCCACCGGUCCCAAUCCGGACUUUAUCGAACUGAUGAAGUGCCACCAGGAUAUCUGCAGCACUUUUGGGAAGGAUCCCGCCGAAUUGCAGGUGUCGAUGGGAAUGUCGGAUGACUUUGUCCAAGCGAUCGAGAUGGGUAGCACAAUCGUACGCGUAGGCAGUUCUAUUUUUGGAGCCAGAGCAAAGAAACACGAAGCAUAGGAAUUUUUUCGCCACACUAGCACACACUGGCGCAGGUCUAGCCGGAUUGCGAUUGUUGAGCCGUUUCACCGAUUCGUCAUAUGGGAUUGAAUCUUGCCGGUUAUUUUCGAUAUUUGAAUCUGAUUCUUAUUGCAUACAUCGAAAGCACAGUCAACGUCGAUUGUCAUAGUUCCACUGUUUUGUUUAAAUUAUAUCAAAUAUUGUAAUAAAAGUGAUCGGUUUGCCAUUGA